ACAGAAAGCAACAACAUUUCAAAAAAUGUCUGUAUCAGCAUCCACCCCCGUUAAUAUUCGCAUUUGUCUGGUUGGUGAAGUGGCCAAAGAUAAGUCAUGUUGUGAAGCUGCUCGAACUUUUGGCGUGCCCGUCAUAACUUCAGAAACAGGUCUGGAGUUAAUUGCCGAUAACGACUGGCGAACAUAUUUUGUUUUAGAAGAUUUUGAAACACCUAUAUACACCGCAUUACUCGAAACCAAGCAAAGUAUUCUGGGCCCGCCAGCUAUAAUACAAAUCGCUGCAUUAAGAGGUGGCCUCAAAGAAUACCCACGUCCCGUUUAUAAUUAUGCUAUGAACUCUAUUGUGGCGUGUUUCACGGGCGUACGUAGCAAGGAGGAACUUAAGAAGCUGGUGAACUUCAUUCAUGCUAUGGGCGGCGGUAUACGUAAAGAUAUUAUGAAUGUGGGACUUACUCAUCUAAUAAGUACACACAGUGGUGGUGAUAAAUACGAAUACGCUAAAACGUUCGGUUUAACCGUGGUUAGGCCAGCUUGGGUAUACGCCGCCUGGGAACAACGAGAUCAACUUGAAUUUCGUGCUGAUACCGAGGAAUUCUCAAACAAAUAUAAGCUGAAAUGCUUUGAAGGACAGAAAAUUUGCUUUGUAGGAUUUCCGGCCGAUGAACAUAAACUUAUGUUGGAAAUGUUAGAAACUAACGGCGGUGUACAUGUUGAAUUAGGCGAUCCUGAAUGUUCACACAUUGUGGUUGGUCAACAUGCGACGCCGGUGAAACCCGAAUCAAAGAGUAAUCGAACUCAUAUUUUGAAAUCUGAUUGGUUUUGGUACACAAUUAAAAACGGUUAUGCCAUCGAAAAGAAUUAUCUGUUCGAUGAUAGUUUAUAUAGCGUCGCACAAUGUGAGAGUUUAGCAUACAAAGAAACAGUGAUCAAAAAAUCUUCCAUGCGAUUUAUAUAUUUCAUGGAGUUUUAUACCACGGAAUCGAAUUAUGUGGGUAUACUCGAUACAAUUAUAAAUGUCUUCAAAAUUCCUUUAGAAGAGAGCGUAGAAGAUAAUGAUGCUUUAUUAAAUGAAUUCAAAAUAAAAGCAAUUUUUGAUAAUUUUCUACCCAUACAUGAGGUGCACCAGAGCCUGUUUGCACAUUUAGGUGUCAUACGUGCAAAGUGGUCGGAGGAUUGUUUAAUCGGUGACAUCAUAUUGCAACAUCGCGGUGAUUUAAUUAAAGCUUACCGGCCCUAUGUGAACUUCUUCGACCAAAUGAAAGAAACUUUAAUACAAAGUGAACGAAAACAUCCUCGAUUUCAGGAAUUUCUCAAAAUCAAUGAAGCGAAACCCGUAUGCAACCGACAAAGAUUGCAGGACUUGAUGAUAUGUCCUGUGCAACACCUACCCCGCAUUCAGCUUUUAUUGAAUAAUAUACUUAAACAUACGAAUCAAAAUAAUCCCGAUUAUUUACGCUUGGAAGAUGCAUUAAAAGCGAUUAAAGAAGUAAUAAUGGAAAUUAACAAAUAUAAAUGUGAGACGGAAUCACCAAAGGUCGGGCGCGUCUUCUCGUUUAGGAAAACUCGGUCGAAUUUGAAACGUGCCGUUUCCAUUGUAAGGACUUCACUCUUCGGCAGUCCGCAAUUGCCACCGAGACGUUCCGUCAGUUGUGAGUAA